CAAAAUGUCAAAAUCAGAAUGUACUCAUUUCAUUCAGAAUUUAUUUUAUUAUUACUACUGUGCAACCAAUACUGUGCGGCGCUAAAAGGAAGAAUCGUUGGAGGUAAAGUGUGUACCAACGAGAAACACGAGUUUGCUGUUGCCCUAGCAGAUAAAACUUUUAUCGUCAAGUGUGGUGGAAGUCUUUUGGAAGCCAGAUGGGUGCUAACAGCGGCCCACUGUUGCAAUACCAUGGUCCACCUGCGAUACGCCAUGGCCGGUAUUUCCACCAAUCCGGUGGAAGAAUAUAUUUCAAAUUCCGUGACGGUGACUACAAUUGAGGCUUGCAUCACACACCCAGAUUUCCAGCAGGACGAUCUGCUCAACGAUAUUGCACUAAUCAGACUUGAAAGACCUAUCAAAGAGACAGCCACAAUUUCAUAUGUCCAGUUGCCUACCACCAAGCUAAAUGACGACAUACACAAGUGGUGUACGCAGUAAGUAAAGGCUCGAUUUAAUCCUAAUUGAAAGACCGUUGUGUAAAAUCAUAGGCAGUAAAAGGUAAGUGUUACAGCGCCAUAGUUAUGGGAUGGGGUUGGCUAGACUAUCACACAAGAAAAAGACCUUCCAGACUUCAGUGUGUCACUCUAGAUGUAGUUUCUAGUAAAGAUUGUUUACAUUACUAUCACAGUAGAAGAAAUCCAGAUACUGUAGUGUGCACUUCAGGUGACGGGAAGGAUGCAUGCAGAGGUGACUCAGGAGGCCCGAUGAUCUGCAACGGCAUUCAAUAUGGAGUCGUUUCAUUUGGUAUGAAAUGCGCUACUAAAUACCCAGGAGUUUAUGCCAGAGUAGACAACUAUUUGAAUUUCAUAGAUAACACAAGAGCAGAUUACAGGGCGGGUAGCAUGACCAUUCAGACUGUUUCAACCAUUGUAGUGAUAUGUGUGUUGACUGCAGCCCAAUGCAGGAAAGUGGACAUAGUGGUAGCUGGUAUAUCUAUCCAAGCUUUGGACUCUUUAAAAAACGUACACGUGCGCAACAUAAAUUACACACUUUCCCAUCCUUUAUACGAAACUGAUGGAAUGAACUAUGAUAUCCAAUUGAUUAGAUUGGACGAACCAAUUCCAGAAAGCGACAACGUCAAAUAUGUUCAGUUACCUACAGAACGUUAUGAAGAUAUAAAUGAAAGAUGCGAAAGCCCUAUGAUUCUAGGAUGGGGUAUAAUGGCCAAAUCUAGCUGCAGAAAGAAACCUCCCAGGUUAAGCUGUGUAAUACCCCCUUUUAUACCACUAGAGAGGUGUCAAAUGAAGUACAAUGAUAGCAGUAUAAUAAAGUCAAUGUGUACAUCCAAUAAAGGCGAAGAUGAAACCUGCUUAUCAGAUUCUGGCAGCCCUGUAAUGUGUGGUGACAUACAGUUCGGCAUCGUCUCCUGGGGAGUGGGCAACCAUCCCAUGGUCCACACAAGAGUUGAUGAAUAUCUUGAAUUCAUCAGCCAGGUGACGGGUUUAGAGUUGAGUUUAGGAGCUAGAAGUCUUGCAUCAAGAAAAGCCGUUCACUGUUUCUUGUAUAUGAGUAUACUUGCCAUGUUCAUUAUGAAAUAAAUGCAUUAUACAGGGUGUCCAAUAAGUACCACGACCAACUUAAGGAGAAGGUAGGCUUUGGACACCCUGUUUAUUAUAAACA